AUGGUAUCCAAUCAAAUACCUACCUUCAGUUUACAAAAGACACUUCCUCGUUUACCAGUACCUUCUUUACAAGAAACUUGUUCUCUAUAUUUACGCUCAGUGGCUCCUUUACAGACCAAAGAAGAACAUGAUAAAACCAAAGCAAUCGUGCAUGACUUUAUGACAGGUCCUUUGGGUAGAUCCUUACAAGAAAGAUUAAUUGAUAUUGAUCAUCAUUCUCCUUUUAAUUGGUUGGAUGAUAAUUUUUGGUUAAAAAAAGCAUACCUUGAAUGGCGUGCACCAUUGAUGGUUAAUAGUAAUUGGUAUAUGCUUGGUAAAGAUGAUGAUCAUCAUCCUCAAGAACUCUUAGCUAACAACGGUCAAUCCAUUCCUGCUGGUCAAUUUUCACAGUUCCAAAUUCGUCGAGCAGCCCAUAUGAUUUAUUAUGCUUUGGAUUAUAAUGAUAUUCUAGAACGUCAAGAUCUUCCUGUGGAUUUAGGUGCUGGAAAAAAACCUUUAUGCAUGCAUCAAUAUACUAAGAUCUAUGGUAUCACAAGAAUUCCUCUUCCUUAUUGUGAUGCCUUGGUGGAGACUGAUCCUGCUUCAAUACUUCACAUCAUCGUUCUUGUACGUGAUCAAAUAUAUAAAUUACAAGUUUAUCAAAUAGUGGAUGGUAUUAAACAUCGACUUUCUGUGGACCAAAUUCAAAGUGAGCUCUCUACCAUCGUAUCUCAUGCAGUCAACCUGAAACAACCUCAGAAGCCUAUCUCUUUAUUGACAUCAUGGGAUCGGGAUAAUUGGGCCUUAGCAAGAAAUCAUCUACUCACACUAGAUCCAAACAAUCGAUCAUCAUUGACAAAGAUUGAAACUGGAUUGAUGGCAUUAUGUUUGGAUGAUUAUAGUCUUGGAGCGGAUGUAGCCUCAUGGGCAAGAACUAGUUUUUGUGGUCAACAUAAUCUUGGUGUAGGACAUAAUCGAUGGUACGAUAAAUCAUUUACUUUAUUUGUAGAAAACAAUGGAAAAGCCUCUUUUGUUGGAGAACAUUCACCUUGUGAUGCAUUGAUGUUGAGUUAUGUGGUGGAUCAUACAUUGGCUCAUUCUGUUACUACUCAUUCAUCAUCAUCAUCUUCAUGGAUGAGUGCGGAUCUUGCUUUAUUCAAUGAUCAGCCAUUCGAAUUGACAACACGUUCAUCCCAUGCUGAACAUUUAACUUGGACAACCGAUCAUCACAUCGAUACCUAUUUGCUUCAGGCACAAGAGGAUGCUAACACAACCGCGAAUUUAUCCGACCCUUAUGUGCUUCAAUUCCAUGACUAUGGUACCGAUUGGGUCAAACGAGUGGCCAAGAUGGCCCCUGAUGCCUAUUUCCAAAUGAUCCUGCAAUUAGCCUAUUAUCGUGCUCAUCAUAAAAUUACCGCUACUUAUGAAACUGGAUCCACUCGCAAGUAUCUUCAUGGAAGGACAGAAACUAUUCGCACGUGUAGUUUGGAAAGCAAGGCGUUUGUUGAAGCAUUUGAUCUUCCUUCAACAACAGACAAGAUGAAAUAUGACUUGAUGGUUCAAGCAACUGUGGCACAUCGAAAAUAUACACAGAUAGCAAGUGAUGGACGUGGAUGUGAUAGACAUCUAUUGGCUCUCAAACUACUUAAUAUGGAUCAUCCUGUGUCCUCAUCCUCUUCAGAACAAAAAAAGGCUCCAUUGCAUGGUAUCUUUACUGAUCCUAUAUUUACAGAAUCACAGACAUUCCGAUUAAGUACCUCUGGACUUCAAGCUGGUGAUCAAAUCAUGGGUACCGGGUUUGGUGCUGCUACUCAGGAUGGUUAUGGCAUCAACUAUAUGGCUGCACGUACUUUGAUCAAGUUUGGUAUGGAAUCAAAAAGCAAUAGUACCACGUUACCUACCGCAGACUUCGCUGCCAUCAUUGAAAAGACAUUAAGAGAUGUAGGUGAACUUUGUGAACGGAUGACAAGGAAGGAUGCUCCUGAUAAUAACAAGGAUGCUACUGCAAGAUUAUAG